AUGGUGACUCCACGGCGCCAGCUCUGUGGGGCUGUCCCCGUACAAGGCCUCCUGCUGGGGUGGCGGGGGCGCGAACCCGGGUGUUUCCUCGCCACCACCGCAUACGCCCCCACAACGUUGUUCUGCUUUCUGGCGCGUAGCGAGCGCGGCGCCACCUGCCCUCACGGCGUUGCGCUCUCAGGGCGAGAGGAGCGUGCAGGCGGCGCACCGCGAGCCAGCGGCUUUUGGCAGCGGCGCCGUCCAACUCCGCCAGCUCGGGGGUCCAAAAGUCCAAAAGCGACGGCUUCCGGCGACUGUCCGCCUGGACUGCCACCUUGGCGGCCCCCCAUCUGCUCGGCGUAA